AUCAUUCACACACCUCUCAACAAAUAACAAAGAACAAAAAAUAAAACUUGACUUUCUUCUCGUUCUUCAAUUUCUUCUCUUCUGAUUCCGAUUCCAAUCAUGAUUGCCGCCGGAGCUAAAUCGAUGCUAGGGCUUUCUAUUGCAUCGCCCAGAGGAGUUUCCGACAGCAACUCAAGAUCUAUUGGUGUUCUUCGUGCUUGUGUCUCCAUGGACGGAUCCCAAACGAUUAGCCAUAACAAAAACGGAUCUGUUCCUGAGCUUAAAGCUGUUAAUGGCCACAUAGGACAAAAGCAAGGACCAUUGUCAACGGUCGGAAACUCGACGAACAUAAAGUGGCAUGAGUGUCCUGUUGAGAAAGUUGAUAGACAGAGAUUGCUUGACCAGAAAGGAUGUGUUAUUUGGGUUACUGGUCUUAGUGGUUCAGGGAAGAGUACUUUAGCUUGUGCUUUGAACCAGAAGCUGUACCAAAAGGGAAAGCUUUGUUAUAUUCUUGAUGGUGAUAACGUAAGGCAUGGUUUAAACCGUGAUCUCAGCUUUAAAGCUGAAGAUCGUGCAGAGAAUAUUCGUAGAGUCGGUGAGGUUGCUAAGCUUUUUGCGGACGCUGGAAUCAUCUGCAUUGCGAGUUUGAUUUCUCCGUACAGAAGAGACAGGGACGCUUGUCGAGCUUUGCUUCCUGAAGGAGAUUUUGUUGAGGUGUUCAUGGAUGUAUCCCUUGAGGUUUGUGAGGCUAGAGAUCCAAAGGGUCUCUACAAGCUUGCUCGUGCUGGAAAGAUCAAAGGUUUUACGGGGAUUGAUGACCCCUACGAGCCUCCAUUGAAUUGCGAGAUUUCUCUAGGGCAAGAAGGAACAGGAACUUCACCGAUCGAAAUGGCUGAAACAGUUGUUGCAUACUUAGAACACAAGGGUUAUCUUAAGGCAUAAAAUACUUUAGAUUUUUAAGGGUUACCAUCAACCGCACACAUUUGUUAUCCCCAUGGGUUUUAGUUCUCUAUUUAACAAAGCCAAGAGUACAAAAAAAUCAAGCAAGUCCAUGGCUGUUUUUUAAAAUAAAUAAUAUUCUCAUAAUGUUUCUUGUCCAUUUUGUAUUUUAAUUUUCAAUGUUAUGGCUCUGUAUAGAUACUAUGUGUAAGCCUACUCAACAUUUAUAUAUGCAUCCUCUAAUAUAGUUUUGUAUGCCCUAAUGAAGCCCCCAAAAUUUGAUAUGGUCAUCUCUUUGUUGCCAUUAAAAACAUGCUACUUCUUGUGUAAGGGCUACAUGUAAGGGAAAUAACGAAUGUUGUCUUACAGACUCUGAAUCUUAAUAUAUCUACUCGUUUCUUGGUUAUAAGCUUUGGAUCCUGUUCCUUAUAACGG